UUUAAAUUUCCCCCUUUGUUGAACUGAAUCGCCCCUUUCCUUCUCCCACACUCGCAUUUCCAGCUCGGUUCCCUCUCCAUCCUACUCAUCAGCCAGAAGCAGAACCGGUACCUUUCCGUUGCUUCAUCAAUGGCGGCCCCUGCCUUCGCUAUCUUCUUCUGCACCCUCAUCGUGCUGAGCUCUUGCGGGUCAUCGGAGGCCAGGAAGACGCCGCCGCAGCCCAGCUCGGCCUUGGUCGCAGCGGAGGAGGAGGCUUCUUCUUCUUCUUCUCCUCGGCGGCGGGAGCUCGCGCGGACGACUGCACGCGACGUAUUCGCGCCGGUGACCAACCCGGUGACAGUCCCCGCGACCAACCCGGCUGGCGGCGGCAAUGGCGCCGUCGUCACCGUGCCCUCGACCAGCCCCGGCGGCUUCACCGGCUCCGCCAACCCCAACCUCCCGCCGCUCUACCCCGACCCCACGCCGGCCGGGAGCACUACGCCGUUCACCACGAAUCCGGUCACCGCGCCGGUGACCAACCCGGCCACGACUCCCGCGUACACUGGCUCGGCGCCGACCGUCACCAACCCGGCCACGACCUACCCCGGCGGCGGCGCCGUCGCCGGCACGACCACGUUCCCGCCGGCGAUGCCGACGACGGCGCCCACGACGGUGGCGCCGGCGGUGGGGACGGGGACGGCGGGGGGAUCGGGGGCGUGGUGCGUGGCGAAGGCGGGGGUGAUGGAGGCGGCUUUGCAGAGCGGGAUCGACUACGCGUGCGGGAUGGGGGGAGCGGACUGCACGGCGCUGCAGCCCAUGGGGAGCUGCUACAACCCAAACACGCUGCAGGCGCACGCCUCCUACGCCUUCAACGCCUACUUCCAGCGGAACCCCUCCGCCGCCAGCUGCGACUUCGGCGGCGCCGGCAUGCUCGUCUCCAACAACCCAAGUUCCGGAUCUUGCAUGUACCAGACAUCAUCAGGUUCCACCUCCGGUGCCGGUUACAGCCCCACGUCGCCGAUGACGGGCACAACACCGGCGGGCAUGACACCAGGCUACGGGAUGCCGGGGUACGGGCCAGUAGGCACAGGACCGGCGGUCAGCGGAGGAGGGUCAGGCUCGACAGUGCUGAACGCGAACAAUAACCCCGGGGGGACAUCGAUGUACGGGCCGGACAACCCGACCGGCUUCACCGGCGGAGAUGCCAGUGGCACCGCCGCCGCUUCUUUGUCGUGCGGCUGGGUCUUGUCUCUCAUCUGGAUAUUCACCUUUGCAUAUGUCAAGGAGAAAGAGUAGUGUAGCAUCUCUUUGGCGUUGUUGAUGAUGUUGUGUACUUCUCUUGUGACUAUUCACUUGUGUACAGAGAUGGAUGAAUUCAUAGAAAGGGGGGAGAAGACUAGAGGUUUGUUUUCUGAUUUGUGUGUGUAUAUUGGUUUGGGCUGAGCAGAAUGAUGCUUUAGCCAUCGAAUAUGUGUCUUAGGUGAGCAUAGAGUUCAUCCUCUGUGAACCAUGAUAUGAUAUCACUUGAUCUUCUUCUUGCCGGCUCA